GCUCACACAGAUAAGUCCGCGUUGUAAACUGGAAGCUUAAAGAGGACACUUAAGUGAUGCAAACUGAGUGACAAUGGACACUUUGCAGGCUCACUUGGUUUUGGAGAACUACAUUGGCGGCCAGUUUGUUCCUUCCUCCUCCUAUUUAGAUUCUUAUGACCCAUCCACAGGAGAAGUAUAUUGUAAGGUGGCAGACAGUGGUCAAGAAGAGAUAGAAGCUGCUGUCAAAGCUGCACAAAGUGCUUUCCCAGAAUGGUCUUCCAAAAGUCCCCAGGAAAGAUCAAAACUAAUGAACAAGCUUGCAGAUCUCAUUGAAGAGGAUCUGGAAUCAUUUGCACAAGCAGAAUCCAAGGAUCAAGGGAAAACGAUAACAUUUGCUAGAACAGUCGACAUCCCCCGGGCAGUUUACAAUUUUCGUUUCUUUUCAUCAUCCAUCCUUCACCAAACAGCAGAGUGUACACAGAUGGACCAUAUGGGUUGCAUGCAUUAUAGUGAGAGAACACCGGUGGGAAUUGCUGGUUUAAUUAGUCCAUGGAACUUACCCCUUUACUUGUUGACCUGGAAAAUUGCUCCAGCCAUUGCAUGUGGAAACACUAUAAUUGCUAAACCCAGUGAAAUGACAUCUGUCACUGCUUGGAUGAUGUGCAAACUUCUUAAUAAAGCAGGGUUUCCACCGGGUGUUGUAAAUAUUGUAUUUGGGAGUGGUCCCAAAGCUGGAGAUGCUCUCGUUUCUCAUCCUGCGGUAUCACUGAUUUCCUUCACUGGAAGCACACUCACUGGUCAGCGCAUCAUUGAAAGGAGUGCUCCAUAUUGUAAGAAGCUCUCCUUGGAGCUUGGAGGCAAGAAUCCAGCAAUCAUCUUUGAAGAUGCCAAUUUGGAUGAAUGUGUUCCUGCCACUGUAAGAUCCAGCUUUGCUAAUCAGGGUGAGAUAUGCCUGUGCACCAGCAGAAUCUUUGUUCAGAGGAGCAUUUACAAAGAAUUUUUGAGAAGAUUUGUGGAAGCUGUCAAAAAGUGGAGAGUUGGAAGUCCCUCAGAUUCCACAGUUGACAUGGGAGCACUGAUAAGUAAAGAACAUUUAGCAAAGGUAAAGAGCUACAUUAAAAAAGCACAGGUAGAAGGGGCUAAGAUCCUGUGUGGUGAAGGAAUCGAUGUCUUGGUGCUUCCUACAAGAAAUCAGAAUGGUUAUUUCUUGCUUCCAACUGUUAUUACUGAAAUUGGUGAUGACUCGUGUUGCAUGCAGGAUGAGAUCUUUGGUCCUGUAACUUGUGUCACACCAUUUGACACAGAGGAUGAAGUGAUUAAAAGAGCCAAUGGAGUCCAGUAUGGCCUGGCUGCCACUGUUUGGUCAAGCAAUGUGGGGCGGGCUCAUCGUGUAGCUAAGAAACUUCAAUCAGGGUUGGUAUGGACCAAUUGCUGGCUUAUCAGAGACCUCAAUUUGCCCUUUGGGGGUAUGAAAGCCUCUGGGAUAGGCAGAGAGGGAGCAAAGGAUUCCUAUGAGUUUUUCACAGAGGUGAAAACUAUUACUAUAAAACACACUUAAAUGUAUUGAUAGAAAUAGUUGAGAAAUACUUAAGUAAUAAGAAAUAAGCCAAGUAGGUACUACACAAAGCCACGGCUUGUUAAUAAGUGUAUAUUCAAAAAUAUUCUUGUCACAUGGUAAUUUUUGUGCAAAAAGGUUUGCACUUCUUAUGAGUCAGUGCCUUCUUUGGGUGACAUUGAAGCCAAGUACAUUUUCAUGUGUCUUGGCCAUUAAAUCAGCAUUUUACCUCUACUUCUAUUACAUUGGUAUUAAUAUCUCCCACCCUCUCCAUUAUAUAUUUGAAGGAGAUAAUAGGAAGAAUAAAAUGUGUGCAAAUACACCCUCACAUAUGCAUACAACAAGGCCACUAAUUUCAAGUUCCAUUCCCAUCGCAAACAGUAUGUGAGGAAAAUAACUUAUUGUGACUCAGACUGGGACGUAGCCAAGGGGGGGGGGGUUUCUUGGGGUCUGGACCCCCCCUUCCAUUAGAAAAAUGAAUGGUGUGUGCUGCUGCGCUGCUGCACCCAAGCCCCAUUAUAAUGGUGGCACUUAGUCUGGACCCCCCCCCUUCCUAAAAUCCUAGCUACGUCCCUGACUCAGAUGUUUUACACAGCUUGUUGUAAUGUUUGUCCAUAUGACUAGUAGAAUGUUGUUCUUGUAAGCAAGAAGAUUUGACUUGAUGUUUUAACUCAGCAAUGGCAUUAAUUUGUGACCUCUCAGUCUUUCUCUAACUAGUAUAAUAUUGCUAAAGCACUUUUGCACUGUGACCAUAAUGCCAAAAUAAUAAUAAAGAAGGCUCUUCUGUUGUUGAGUUUUAAAUCCUU